UUCAACCCCGACGCUUUAAGGAACACCUGUCGUCCCGGCUUCCUUUGCGUGUCCAAUAUGGAAGAACUGGCGGUGGAGGUCCGUGGCUCCAACGGCGCUUAUUACAAGGGCUUGGUCAAAGACAUCCACGAUGACUCUCUCACCAUUGCCUUUGAGAACAACUGGCAGCCAGAACGCCAGGUACCCUUCAGUGAUGUCAGAUUGCCACCACCUGCUGACGUGAAGAAGGAGAUCGGAGAAGGCGAGGAGGUGGAGAUACUCUCCAGAGCCAAUGAACAGGAGCCUUGUGGAUGGUGGUUGGCCAAAGUUCGCAUGAUGAAGGGAGAUUUCUACGUGAUCGAGUAUGCCGCUUGUGACGCCACCUACAACGAGAUUGUGACAUUUGAACGCUUGCGACUGGUCAACCCCAACAAGGCCGUUACCAAGAACUCCUUUUACAAGUGCACUGUCCCUGUUCCUCAGGAUCUCCAAGAAGCGUGCCAGAACGAGAAUGCCCACAAGGAUUUCAAGAAAGCAGUGGGAGCCUGUCGAAUCUCAUUCUGCCCAGAAACCAGUGAGCUGCUGAUCGUGUCUACCAAUGAGUCAACAGUGAAGCGCGUGUCGUUGCUGAGUGACAUGCACCUUCGCAGCCUCAGAACCAAGCUGCUGUUGAUGUCACGCAACCAGGAAGCCACUAAACACCUGGAGACUUCCAGGCAACUGGUGUCAUCCUUCCAACAAGAGUUUACGGUGAGAACAGAUCUGAUGGGCCUGGCCAUCGGCAGCCAUGGCAACAACAUCCAGCAAGCACGGAAGCUUCCAGGUGUCACCGCCAUCGAGUUGGAUGAAGAGACUGGUACUUUCCGGAUUUAUGGCGAGACGGAGGAAGCAGUAAAGAAGGCCAGAAGCUUCUUGGAAUUUGUGGAGGAUUCAGUCCAGGUGCCAAGGAAUCUUGUUGGGAAAGUGAUUGGUAAAAACGGUAAGGUGAUCCAGGAGAUUGUGGAUAAGUCUGGUGUAGUGAGGGUCAAAAUAGAAGGAGACAACGACAACAAGCAAACCAGACAAGAAUUGACACAGGGAAUGGUCCCAUUUACCUUUGUUGGUACUAAGGAGAGUAUCGGCAACGUUCAGGUCUUAUUGGAGUACCACAUUUCCUACCUGAAUGACAUGGUGGAGCUUCUUGCAGAAGGCCAGCAGCUAGAGGAAGAGCUGAGGCAGUUUGUGGAUUAUACUCAGGGAGGCAGCCUAGCGAGAUUCAAUAUAAACAGGACAAGGAGCUCUGGAUCCAGUGUAGAUGAGGUUGAGCAGCUUCGUCUGGAGCGGAUGCAGAUUGAUGAACAGUUGCGUCAGAUCACCCAGGGUCACCGACCAGUUGAUCGGGAGCGGGGGGAGAGAGGAGAGAGAGGAGGAGGAGGAUAUAAUGCCGACAACAGCGCCGGUACCUCUUCAUCUUCCUUACGUGGCAGCCGCUCCUACAACAGUCGAGGACGCGGGCGCAGAGGCCAUAACUACAACGCUGGAUAUGGCGGCAACUCGGAGCAUUCAAAUGCCUCCGAGACUGAUUCAGAGCGCAAGGAUGAGCUUAGUGAUUGGUCUCUGGCCGGGGAGGACCUGGAUGGGGAGAGGGAGAGAGGCCCUCGACCACAAAGAGAUAGCCGCAGGAGGCCAGGACCCGGUAGAGGCCGAGGAGGCCCUGGAGGAAGAGGCAGAGGAGGAAGAGGAGGAUACGGCUACAGCUCUGGGUCCAGGGACCAUGAGAACAACUACCCAUAUGGAACCUUGGAGACAAACACAGAGACGGACCAGACGGCUGAUACAGAUGCUAGUGAGUCCAACCUGCCUGCCAACCGUCGUCGAAGGUCACGGCGACGCAGAACGGAUGAGGACGCCACACUGAUGGAUGGCAUGAGCGAGUCUGACAACGCCUCAGUGAGCGAAAAUGGAAUAGAUUUGUCAGAAGCAAAACCUCAGCGUCGCAAUCGUAGCCGUCGUCGCCGCAUGCACCUGCCUGAGGAGAGGCAGCCAGUGACUGUGGCUGACUACAUAUCCAGGGCUGAGUCUCAGAGCAGACAGAUGAAUACCAAGGAUGCCAAGAAAAACAAGGAACUGGGUCAGGCGGAGACCAUUGCUGAACACAGUCCACAGUCCGCUCCGACAACCACCAACGGUUCAAAUAACGAGGUUUCUGACGGUGCUGGAAACAGUGCCACACAAUCUCCCAGAUCUUCCACCGAGAAGCCCCCCAAAGUCUCCUCCCACAGGAGGGACUCUAACCCGCAACCUGUCUUGAACGGACUCUCCUAGUUAGAUCCGGUAAAGGAAAUGGUUUCAUAUAUUCGAACGUCUUUGGCAGCAUUUGAUUGAAUCUCCAUGUCCGUGUAGAGGCAUCAAAUGUUAAUAUUAACAUUUAAACACAACAAGCACUGUUCUUUUUUCUACUUAACAAAUAUUUGAAACCUGUUCUGCAGCACACGUUUUAGGGCUCUGAACCGUAACCUCCCCUUUACAUGUUUAUCUGUGCAACUAUUCCUUUUCUUACAGUUUUUUCACAGUAGUUCUUCCAGUAGGAGCUUGCCAAAGAUAGUCAAACACACACACUCUUAGUCUUGUACAGAAGCUGUACUUUUAGUCCUUUCCUUACUAAGAGCUUAAAGAGAGGUCAGACUAAAUACAGUAUUUACAUGAUGCAGACAGGGAUUUGGAUCAAACCCCCACUGUGGUAUGAAUGCAGCAGUUUUUUAUGGUUCGAAAUAUCGUAGCAGAGUUUUAGUAUGAUGUCUGUCUUUUAAUCAGGUGAACAUAGCAGACAUGUUUUUUUGCGGGGGGGUUGUGCAUAAAAUUAAAUGUUCUGCAUGAACUGCACCACAGUGCAGAGGGUUUCCUGAAAGUGUGACAUACUUGUAUCAGCUGUUGUGCCUUGAGAGUAGACUCAACAUGUUGCCGCCUGGCUCUGCACUCCAUCUGAAAUCCCUUUUACAUAUUUCUGUGUAACAUGUGUGCCCUCGCCUGCCACCAGUCAGAGCAGAUGAGGUGUCUCGGUGUGCUAACUGUUCUCUUAAAGGGUAAGUGAAGGCACUCGGAACGCACAGAGAGGAUUUCAGAGCCUUUCUUUAAAAUCAGGUGUCUCUGCUCUUAAUGUUGGGAGGGAUUCAGUUAUCCUUUAAAUAUAUCUCUUGAGGAUUUUUGACUUUAGCUGCUUCCUGUUCUUUAAUAUGCAACCACUUGGAUCAUAGGAGAAAUGUUAUUACAGCCGAUCUGGAAAAGAAAUUAGAAGAGUCGUUUUGUUUGCACUGAAGCGUAACCUUUUUCUCUUAAAGCUCAUUGUAGUUGAGUCUGAAAACUGUUCUGUUACUGGUCAGUGGUGGGUUUUCUGGGAACAUCUCAUUACUCGACCCUGGGAAACGUUGGGCCAUUUUAUCAAGUACAACACUGAGAACCUUUUCAGAAAAACAAUUAAUAGAAACCAGUUAUUAUCCAGGUUUGGCUCAUCGCCCACAUGUAUAAAGCUUAAAACUGUAAAAUCCUCUAAAAACAACUGGAACUCUCUGGCGUUGAGAUGUUGCAGAAAACCAGGCCCGAGUGACGAUGGUAUUUCACGGUUCUUCCACACUGGCUGGCUAGAAACUGGUCACAACUGUUCCACUAAGGAAGAUUUAUUUGGAUUAUUUAUUUUUUGAAAAGUGUACAGUAUUUAAAAAAAAAAAUGACUCUUCUUUUUCUCAACACUAAAAAUGUGAUAUCCAGAGGUUCUCAUACAUCCAUCUUCAAAUUGGACUACUGACAGUUGUGACAUCCCAAGAGUUUUUGUUGGGUCAACUACAGUAUACUGUUUAGGUUCUUUUUUUAAGGAUUGUCUGGUUGGUUGAUGUGCAAUAUGUUUUGUACGCAGGUAGUUCCUAAAUAAACUUGAUCUUCUGUGUAGAUCUAAAACCAAA